UAUUUUCAUAGCUAGUGAAGACAAAUAACAUCUCAGAACAGAUGAGAAGCCUCAUCGUACCACGAACGGUAGGGGCAGACAUGCAUUUAAGUCAGGUUUUACUUAAAGAAAUGUGAAGUAAGGGGACUUUAGAGAAGACCCCUUGUUCCAACAGCAAUGUCAUUCUGAACCCAAACGUUUGGAGAAAGCAGAAGGAGCUCCUGAGCUGUGUGGAGUUGUUGUUACUGCAUGUGCUGUAAACAGCUCUCAUGCUGGAGAGCAGAGUCUCAGAUACUCUGCCUUCAUUUCUAUGGCUAAAGAACUGCUAACUUUACAUAGCACCACUGAUUUAUUGUUUUUCACGUUAUAAUGGCUAUCUGGUGGAGCUAAUCUCGGUUUAGACCUUUUUUUUUUAUCUCCAACGUGAACCUGAGAGCUUCUGAUAAACAACAGCAUUUUAACUCGACGUGGAUUUUGACUUCGAGUUCAAAAUGAAAUUCGCUCAGAUUUUGCUGAAGAACUCUUCGAGGUUCAACAUACCGAAGCAAGUGGACAGGUUUUCGAAGUUCUCGCCAUCGCCACUUUCUAUGAAGCAGUUCCUAGACUUCGGUUCAGCCAAUGCCUGUGAGAAGACCUCCUUCAUAUUCCUCCGUCAGGAGCUUCCAGUCAGAAUGGCCAACAUCAUGAAGGAGAUAGACAUGCUGCCUGACAAGCUCAUCGGGACGCCAUCCGUGCAGCUGCUACACACUUGGUAUACACAGAGUCUGAUGGAGCUUGUGGACUUCCUGGAAAAAAAUCCUGAAGAUAAAAGUGUUUUAAAAAAGUUUACAGAGACACUGAUCAACGUGAGGAACAGACACAAUAAUGUGGUGCCCACAAUGGCACAGGGAGUUCUGGAGUACAAAGAGGCUUUUGGUGUGGAUCCAGUGACCAAUCAGAACGUCCAGUAUUUCCUAGACCGCUUCUACACGAGUCGUAUCUCCACACGUAUGCUUAUGAACCAGCAUACACUGAUCUUCAGCGGGAGCACAAACCCAGCUCACCCGAAACAUAUCGGCAGCAUCGACCCCAACUGUGAUGUAGUGGAGGUGGUUAAAGAUGCGUAUGAGAGCUCCAGGAUGCUUUGUGAUCAGUAUUACCUUAUGUCUCCAGAAGUGGAGAUCAAACAAGUGAAUGCUAAAGACACCAAUGAGCCUGUUAAUAUUGUCUAUGUACCAUCACAUCUUUAUCACAUGCUGUUCGAACUCUUUAAGAAUGCAAUGAGAGCGACUGUAGAAACCCACGAGAACUGCAUGCAUCUUCCACCAAUUAAAGUUCGAGUUUCUCUUGGAGAUGAAGACCUGACAAUAAAGAUGUCAGACAGAGGAGGAGGCGUGCCCUUGAGGAAGAUUGAACGUCUUUUUAGUUAUAUGUAUUCUACGGCACCAAGCCCUGUGACUCACAACGCUCGCAACGCACCGCUGGCUGGCUUCGGUUACGGCCUUCCCAUCUCACGACUCUACGCCAGGUACUUUCAGGGAGACCUCCAGCUCUACUCCAUGGAGGGAUACGGCACAUCAGCCGUCAUUUACUUGAAGGCUUUAUCGUCUGAAUCUGUGGAGCGACUGCCAGUUUUCAACAAGUCAGCCUUAAGACAUUACCAGACGAGCAUCGAGGCAGAUGACUGGAGCAUCCCCAGCAGUGAACCCAAAAAACUGGGAAAGUAUGAUUACAGUGAGCCAGACCUGAGAACUAAGAGCAGGGUGAAGUGAUGGACUAGAAUAUGAUGAAGCCUUAGGGACUAGUGAAAUUGCCUUAGGCUGUCAAUUUUCAUUUCAUGCUGGCUUCACAUUACAGUGUGCAAUGGGCAUUUAUAUUAAACCUCACCUUAUGCCUUACUUUAUUCAUGUAGUUUCAGUAUAUAAGCUAAUUUCUUAUUUCAAUUAAGUGUAAAGAAAAAAAAUCAAAGCUGCAUAAAGAAUUUAUUUAAAAUGUUUUUCCUGCUUUUUAAUGUGGGAUAUAUUUUCAUAUAGGACAAUAGUCAGAAUUAUCCAGUUGUCCAAGUGUUUUAGGUGGGUCCAAGUUUAUGCUGUCUCUCUGUCCAACUCCCUCAAAUGAGCCAACAGGAAGAUAAAUAACAUAACCAUGAAGCAGAAAGGUUUAGCAUCGAACGUCCGCAUGCAGACAUGCAGCUAAUAGGAACUAAUGAAAAAUCUGGCAAAGAAUAAGUAAGAGCCACUAGAGCUCCAGAUAAUCCUAAUCAGGAGGGUUGGCAUGUAUGCAAGCAGAAAACAGUAAAAAUAAAUAAACAAAUAAUGCAACCACUGCAGACUAUAAGGAAAAACUAUAAGGAAGGCUAGAUUGUGAAUAAAAUGGUACACAUGCUUUUAGACUUCAUUUAUUAUUCUGUUAUGGCCAUGUUCACAUUACAAGGUUAAAGUGGAUAAAUCUUAUUGGCAGAACCUUUUUUUGGGAUAUUCUUUUAAACUGGAAAAAAUUCUACAAUAUAAACAGCAAACCUGCACCGGAAAUCCGACCUUUACCAAGACACACUUGGUACUGAUUGAUCACCUGAACCUGGAUGUCAUGUAGGUUCCCACAACACAUUCUCAACAGUCUACAGCUCUCACUUAGCUCUAAUCCUGGCAGACACAACAAUGGCACACAUCACCUCUCCAUGUAUUGCUAGAUUUUAAAUGUAAUAAACACGUUAAGAGGAUUUUCCCGGAAUUAUAUCAGCACACACAGCAAUGAGAAAUCAUGCUUGUUUGUGUUUACUUAUAAAAAUGUUGCAACAUUAAACAAGGAGGAUGUUGCCCAAGUUCUUGACUUUCCCCAGUUGAAUGACCUUUCAAUUGCAUUUUUCCAUAUCUGAUGUCAGAUUUCUUUUUACUUCCAAGGGCGAUGGUCUGUAGAAUAAUUUGUUAGCUAGUUCGAAUCCCAGGUCCACCAAGCUGCUGACUGCAGAUGCUGGGCCCCUGAGCAAGGCCCUUGACCCCAAAUGUUGUAAAUGUAGAUCAGUAAUAGGUACAUUUUUGCUACACAUCCAUACGACCCUAACUGUCUUUUACAUCACACUUUACUGCACAUAUAACAAAUGUUUUUUUUUUUGUUGUUUUUUUUAAAUCACGAACAUUUGAAGAUCCAGCUUUUUGCAAACCUCCAGAGCAAAUUAUUUUUGCACGGAAGGCUUGUGUUGCUAAGGUUAUUUAUUUAAUCCCUACGACACUGGCAUAUUGUCUCAUGAAUAUGCAUUUUUCCAUCAAAUACCAUGGUCGUGCACAUGACCUUUAUAUUGAAUGUGUCUAGUUUCGGUUGGCCGAAGUCUGUUCAAAGCUAAUGACAGAAAUGCAUCACUUAGAAACAUGAAUGUAAACUGCCAAGGCAGAGAGAUCAGAUCUGAGCUGAUCUGAUAAUUGUUAUUGAGCAAUAAAGCUUGUAAUGUGAACGUAGCCUUGCUGUGAAUGUAAUUUAUGUUAACGUGAGCGGCGUACAGUGUCGUGUGUGAAGCCGUGACGAUGACUGAUGUAUACAAUGUAAAAAAACAAGUCAUCAGAAUAACAGUAUAUGGACACAGUGUUAGUUUUGACCCACACGCUGAAAUAAGAAAAUAAUUUUGUUAUUGUUUUAAUAGUGAAUAAAUGAGCAGUGUUAAACAGAGUAAAAACGUGCAGUAUAGGGGCCUGGAAUAAUAUGAUGAGAAUUUCUAAUGCUGCUGUUUGCAGUGAAAACGUGCAACAACAUACAGUGUGUGUUUAAAAGUAGCGGCUGAUACAUCGCAAUGUAUAGACACUGUGGCCAAAUUCUGUUAAUAUCUUAACAUUUCAAUUCACUGAGUGUUGAAAACUGAUUCCUUUCUUUAAUCUGAAGAGAACGUGUCCUGUCCUUUUUACUAAAUGUGUGAAUUUUAACACUGUAACACUGAAGUAACGAUAUCGUAUUCUAAUUAGUUUGGAUUUUAAUCAGUAAUAACUUUGUUUUAAUUGCAUGAUCUCAGGAUAAAGAGAAGUAUGCCUGCCAUACGUUUUACUAUUUCUGAAUUCCAGGAGUGAAGUGUGUGUGUAUCCUAUACAGGUGUAUACCAUAUACUGUAGAAAACUUUGGGGUAGCCAUUUCAAGGCUACUGCAGACAUGAUAGUUUGGGUUUUAUUAUUUUUUUUUUUUUUCUUUUUUUUUUUCUUCAGAGCCAGUUCAAAUGCUGUAAUCACUUGCUCAUGUUGGCAGAAAGCAUUUUGUUUUCCACAUUGUAUUCGUAUGCCACUGCUCAACUGAUUUGUCAUUCUACAUGUUUUCUUUUGUACAGAGUCGAUGCUAUCAGCAUCAAAUGUUGAUUUUCUUUUUGCACAUUACAGUGUGUCAUUACUUUUACCUCACCAGCUCUAUUUAUAGUCAUGUGAACGUGACAUGGGGCAGGAAACCUAACUGUCAUAGCGAAUCAUCUGUACAAUUUCUUCCUGUUGUGUAAACCACUCAACCACUUUUUUUUUUGCACAUUCAGUGCUUUUUGACUUCGUUGAAGUUAAGUAGCAUUCUUUCACCAAAUCUAUUACAUCGUACAAUAAAAGACGUGAAUACA